AUGUUUUGAAAUGUAUUAUUUCUGUGGUAUUCAUUUUAAAAUUUUAUUAAAGAUUCAAAAAAAGGGAUUAAAAGAGUACAAAAAGCAAAAGGAGCUUGAAGAUGAAAUGGAUAAGAUUGAAAAAGCUGCUCUUGAAGCAUAUGAGAAAGACUUGCAGCGUUCAAGUAUGCAACAAAAGUCAAAUUUACAACAAAAUUCAGAAUCUCUUAACAAACAAAUAAGUGUGGUGGAACAAAAAGCAAAUAUUGAAAAAGUUAUUAAUGCUGCUUUAAAAAAGCAAGAAAGGACUUGUCCAGAAAAUAAAACAGAAUUAUCUGAAACUUCUUCAAGGAAAUGGUAUGAAGCAAUGACAGAUGAAGGUUACAGAUAUUAUUGGAAUAUUGAGACAUCAGAAUCACGGUGGGACCCACCUGAAGAAAGUUAUGUGGUUUUAGAAGAACAAGGCAUACAAAAUGCAGAAAGCAAAGAAGCAGACAAAGAAAAUCCAGAAGAUACAUCUUCUCUUCAAAAUGAGGAAAAUAAAGACAGUAAUGAUACUUCAUCCUUUGCUAUUGGACCCCAACCAAGGAUUGAUCCAUAUGGUCAGUGGGUCACUGUUGAACAUAAAAAACCUGUACAAUAUGAUCUUGAGUUGCCUAAGCUACCAGAAAAUUAUAUUGAAGUUGCUAUUCCUGUCGUGAAAGAUGAGGAACCUAGAUUAAAAUUCAAAGAAAAAACAAUUGGCCAGCUAUCUGACAUGGACUCUAAUGAAGAAGUGACUUUCAAGAAGAGAAAAUUUAACAGUUCAUGUAAAAAGAAUGCAAGACAACGGACUGUCGAUGAUGAUUAAUGCUGUAUUAUAUUGUAGUUGUAUAUUAUAUUUCUGUAAAUGUUAUCUGUUAAAAUAAUAAUUAUUAAACAAAGGUAUGAUUUUUUUUAAAUUGUGAAUUUUAUAUGUACUUCUCUUUCCCAAUUUGGCAUAAAAUUUUCAUUAUGGUAAAUCUUGCUUGAAUUUUCUGUUAGUAGUAAAUUAGUGUGAUGCAGGAAGAUUAUUGUUUUCUUAGUAAUGUUCUCUUAAAUUUCUUCUGCAAUGUAAAUAUAGCCUGGUUAGUGAUAUGCUUUAUUGCUACAGAUUAUCUAAAAAUAAUAUUUAUGCACCUAGCAUUAGUAACAAAAAACUGUUAACAAUGAUUUGAUUGGGCAUUUUGUAUUUGAAUUAGGCACUGUCUACAUUGUAUGGGGGUAAGCAUGUGUAGGCUUACCCCAUACUGUUUUGUUUUUGCUUGCUGGUGGAAGUGUGAAUGUUUUUAGUUUUUCAAGGGCAGGAUAGUAUACACAAAAUAACAAAAGUCACUAAUUUUUUUAAAGCAGCAUAAGUGGAUUUUAAAGUUUUAUUGGUAGGCUAACAAUGUGCAUGAGUUGCAAGAAUGAUAGAUGCCAGAAUUUUAUACUAUGCCUCUAUAGCAGUCAUAAGAUUGUGCGACAACAUUGCCAAAAAAAGGCUUAAAGUGGUCUAAAAAAAGGACAGUACAACAAGAUAAAGACAACAGUAAUGAAUAAUAGAGCAAUGGAGAUUGUGUUACAGACUUUUACAAAAUGUUGAGAGAAAAGCCAUAGAACCUGGAUGACAUGAAACAUACACUGAACUAUCUGUGCUUCCCUUCUCAGUUGGUUGUAGACCCAUUGUACCAAUCAACAUUUUUAAGGCAAAUUCUGUUUUCAAAAUUUUUGCAAGCAGAGUAGUCAGAGCAAGCCAUAGCAUUAAUGGGGUGGUAAUCAACUGAAUAUUUUCUAAAUGUCAUUGAUUUAAAACAACUUAAUUUUAAAUAAAAUAUCAAUUAAUUUAUCAUUUUUAUAGAAAUAAUUAUUUUAGAAGUAAUUAGUAUAUAAUUAGAAAAUGGUAACAUUCAAAGAAUUCUCCCAAAGAAAGUACAUUCUUGGUUACACAUCUGAGAGAAGGCUUCUGUUUUCAGGAUUUAUUCUAUGUAUAUUCAGGACUAUAAUCACAGUUGGUUGCACAUCUAAAAUAAGGUCUCCUGUUUUCAGAAUUUGUUCUAUGUGCAUUCAGGAAUAUAAUAACAGUUUCCUGCCAUAAAUUUGCAAAAUAUGUGUUGUUGAUCAUUUGAAUUUACGAUUUUUAGCUUUCAGUGUCUGUUCUGUUCAGGUUUAUUCAUGUGAAAUGCAUUAAGAAAUAUGUUAAUUAUGGUAGUCUUUCAGAUUAUAGCAUUUCUGAUCUGAUGUCUGCUGUCUUUUAAAAAAACUAUAUAAAAAUAAAAUUUUUAUUGUUCCAAUCUGUAAAUCACUGUUCAUCCUAAUAAAGAUUUCAAAACUUC